AUGAAAAGUACCUCAUUCCACUACAAGUUUGAUAGAGAUAAUCUGAUCACCCACUCUCUUGACAUCCACUACGCCCUUCUUCCACUGCUUAUCCACGAUAAUACCUACCCGAUUCCUAUUCUUUACCUUUUCUGUGUUCCAAAGUUUGAAUCCGAAAUUGCGCCCCUUUCUCUUCUUCUUCCCCUCUUUUCACCUCCGCUGAGCCCAGAAACCACAGCGCCAGCUCCUCCUCUCCACCAAAGCCCAGAGCGGCAGCGGCCACCUUCUCCAUUCCUGGGUCUCCUCUCGUCUGCCACCAAACAUCCGCGACACCCAACCUUCCCCCCCGCUAUCGGCUCUGCCUACGCCGUUCUUGGUUCCACCAUCUACGUCAUCGGCGGCUCCAUUAACGACGUUCCCUCCUCUCAUAUCUGGCUCCUCGACUGCCGCUUCCACCGAUGGCGACGUGGACCCUCCAUGCGCGUCGGCCGUGAGUUCGCCGCUACGGGAGUCGUCGACGAAAAGAUUUACGUCAUCGGAAGCUGUGUCGCCGAUAAUUGGGCUAGGUCGGCCAACUGGGCGGAGGUUCUUGACCCCGCCUCCGAGAAAUGGGAGCGCGUGGCGAGCCCCGCGGAGGUUCGGGAGAAGUGGAUGCACGCAAGCGCCGUGGUGGACGGCAAGGUGUACGCCAUGGCAGAUCGCGGCGACAUCGCGUUGGAUCCCCGAUGCGGCGCUUGGGAGAGCGUGGGAACAGAGCUAGACCUCGGGUGGCGAGGGAGGGCGUGCGUGGUGGAUGAUAUUCUUUAUUGCUAUGAUUACUUGGGGAAGAUUAAAGGGUUCGAUGUGAAAAGUGGGGUAUGGAAAGAGCUGAAGGGGUUGCAUAAGGGGUUGCCUCAGUUUCUGUGUGGUGCUACCAUGGCUGAUUUGGGUGGGAAGUUGGUUGUGGUGUGGGAGUGUGGUGGUGGGAACGGGAAAGACAUGGACAUUUGGUGUGCUGAGAUUCAAGUUAGCAAGAAGAAUAGUGAACUGUGGGGUGAGGUUGAUUGGUUCCAAAAGGUUUUUUCUAUUCCCAAAGGCGAGUGGAGGUUACGGUGGCUGAGAAGAGACAGUGAUGGAUGGGGAUGA